CCAGUCCCAGCUUUCCCCACCCUCAAGUCAGGGACAAAAUUCAGGUAUCCAACCUAGUAAUCCCACCCCCUUUGAAGCCCCAGGUAUCUGGCACCUAGGACAUCUGGAACCCAGGCAUCCAGUCUUAACCCUCAGGACUAGGGCACCUCCCCUCCCCCAGGGAACCAGGUAUCUGCUUUACCCCAACCCCCCUCUCUAAAUCCAAGUGUUCUGCAGCCCCCGGCCCUCCUCAGGCACCAAGGAACCCUGCCACCCUAGAGACCUGGUGGUACGGGUGCCCUGCUCUCCCCUCCCAUCCCCAGUCACAUGACUCGUUGAGCAAUCCCCCAUCUCCAGGGCCCCCCCUGAGGGGAUUUUCGAUGAGGUCACUGGGCCCCGCCCCUCCCCUCCCUGGCUAUAAGGUGAUGGCAAUGCCAGGACGCAGCCCAGACCCUGUGCCAUCCCCAGAGCUCUGCCCCACCAUGCUCACGCUGGAGGCUGCACAGUUGGAGGAUUCGCACUUUUCUUGCCAGUACUCAGAUGGAGUCUUCUACGAUCUGGACAGCAGCAAACACCCCGGCUACGUGGACCCCGAAGGCAUGGUGGACUCCCUGUGGGGCUGGACAGAGCCACCGCCCAGCCUGGCCACUGCCUAUGAGCCCUUCGACCCCUCGGCAGCCUCACUUGGCCAACUCCAGGGUCUUCAACUCUCCUACCUGCCUGUCAGCUAUGGCCCCAUUGGGCAGCUGGAGCCGGCCCCGGGCCCAGGGCUCAGCACCUACCCGGAGGAGGAUUUUGGAGGCCAGCCCCUGGCCUCAUUUACCCAGUUCCCCAGUCCUGGCUUAUCUGAGGACGAGGAGUUCCCAGGGGAUAGCCCAGCCCUGGAGGUGUCUGACAGUGAGUCGGAUGAGGUCCCGGCAGCUGGAGGGGAAGGGACAGGAGCCGAUGCAGGUGCCCGGAAGAAGCUCCGUCUCUACCAGUUCUUGCUGGGGCUGCUGACCCGCGGGGACAUGCGGGAGUGCGUGUGGUGGGUAGAACCCGGGGCCGGCGUCUUCCAGUUCUCGUCCAAGCACAAGGAGGCCCUGGCCAGGCGCUGGGGCCAGCAGAAAGGCAACCGCAAGCGGAUGACCUACCAGAAACUGGCCCGGGCCCUCCGCAACUACGCCAAGACCGGAGAGAUCCGCAAGGUCAAGAGGAAACUCACGUACCAGUUUGACAGCACCCUGCUGACCCCCCGGCGGGCGUGAGGGCCCCGGCCGCGGGGGGACGGCUGUCUCGGGCCCCGAGGCGUCUCAGAGAUCCCCCUGCUGUCGCCAAGAGUGCCUUGGGGUGCCCUGUCCCUCCGAGUUCAGAGCCUGUGAAGGCUCCCCAUCAGAAGGCACACCCUGUCUGGGGCUGUCUUAGGGCCUCAGGCAUCCCUGGCCUAGGAUGAUUCCAGCGCUAGCUUCUUGGGAAUGGGUCCCCUGGCAGUCUGUAGCCCUUGCCCCUUUUCCUGACCCGGGCCGGGGGUCAGGAGGAUCCAGCCCCGACAUGCCCUGUGACUUUGGGGGAGAUGGGCCUCGAGUCCUUAGCUGUAAACACAAGGGACUGCAGCCUCCAACUGCUAAGGGCCCAGUGGUCCAGGCCCCUUCCCGCCUGAGCGGAUGCCGGCUCGGACCGUGCUGCCCUGCCUGGGUGACCCCCUCUCCACCAGAGCUCCGGACUAAGUCACCAGGCCUAGGGAAAUCAAAGGCAUCAGCACAGCCAAGGGUCUGCCGAGGGCUCAGACAUAGAUUUUGGACUGGGGGGAACCAUAUAGCACUGGAAAAGAGGGAGAGAAAUGUGGGACCAAGGGUCCCAGGCUCUGGUCAAAACCUGGUUUCAGAUCCUGGCCCCCUCAAUGGCUGCCUGGGUAACCUACUCUGGCCCUUGUCUCUCUCUAAGCUGUGUGACCUUGGCCGUGCCUCAGUUCCCCCAUGUGUAAAAAGAGGGGGUUUCCCCCGGAAUGAUCCCUAAGGUCUCUCUGGCUUUUUCCUUCGGUGACAUUUCAGACCUGGCCCUGACUCAUUGUGCAAUCUUGAGUGUGUUGUCCCUUCUGGGCCUCAGUUUCUCCCUGAGGGAGUUUGACCAGAUGACCCCCAAGGUUCUGUCUGGCUUGGAGGUUGUAUACUGGGAUCUGAAGGGUUCUGGGGAUUCCCAAAGUGGUACGGGCGCCCUCUGAAGUACUGAGUGCCCUUUCCCUGGACGAUGGGGUUUAUUGUCAUCUGGGCCUCUGGGAGUCCUUCCAAGUCUGAGGCCCUGGGACCCCUGCCCACUGGAGCUUUCUCUGAGGUGGGGUGGUUCCCCACAAUCCUCCUCAGCUGGUUCCGGGGCCAUUCUCCCUCAGUGCCCCCUAGGUCUCCUCCCUACCUGUCACCUGGAGAGGGGAUGGGUCAGGGGUGUACAGAGCGGCCCAGAAUCCUUUGGGCUUAGGAGAGCCUGGCCUCAGAGUCCAUUGCAGGGAAGCCAGGAAGACUUAGGCUGGGCCCCUGACCUCCAAAGCGGAGUCCAUCCCUCCCCACCAAGAAACCAAGCUCCCUGCCCCUUCCUGCCAGGGACCUCGGGGUCAUGUCUCACCUUACAAAGUAAUGAAUUCUGCAAAUAAAAGAUGAACACACGCCAA